ACGCUUCCUCGAGUCGACCAAUUCUUGCCUACGUGAGUCACGACACUACGUAUGCAAAAGCCUGUUUCCAGGAUUUGUGUUCCUGUCCUGGGAUACUUCGAACAACUGCAGAAUUCACUUUUUGUGGUCUAGUAGCAAGUAUUCUCGGCCAUCUCUCAGCUUGUUUCCGUCGUCUUCAACAAGGACAAAGAAGGCAGGAUACUGGUGCCUGAGAGAAGUUGGACAUUUAAUCUCUUGGGACGGCUUCCAGGCUUGUUAUUCAUUCACUCACAUGCAACAACGUGCGUGACUGGUUGCGUCACGUUUCCCACAGUCAGAGGGAAACUUCCAUUCUUUUUAUUUCGGUAUUUGGAUCUCUUUUGUCGGGGGUCUGGUUAUUCACUUUUGACGUUAUCGAGGCCGACACGGAGUCAUCACCAUGUCCAUGUUUAGACACUCCUUUACGGUGAAAGAUGAACCCAGUAAGACGGGCCGCUGGAUGAGGAAGAGACAUGGGAGACACAGCAGACAUAGCAAGCUGAAGGCGCAGAGCAGGUCGGACAGCUUAACUGAACGUCCUGUUUCAAGCCCAGCAGUCACCUUCGUCGUGAGCUCGGAAAGACGUUUCUUCGUGGGCCACGAACAUGUCAUCGCUCGCUCUCCCUACUUCCGUAGUAUCCUACGAGACCUGUCCAUGGUUGGAGCUCAUGCGAACAAGGUGGUGGAGCUGCCAGAUGAAGACCCAGAAAUAUUCUCCUGCGUUCUCGAAUACCUCUACAAAGGCGACUAUUACCCCCGCCUAACCCACAACGAACUCGAGAACGCUCAUGAGAGCAAGACCUCAGACCGCAUCACAAGCAAAGCAACUAUCCUCCACAUCCGAACCCGCGACGAAAUCCUCCGCGACACUGUUGUUUACUGCGCAGCAGAAAAAUACGGCCUGGAAGAUCUCAAGCAGCUCGCGCUCCGCAAGCAGGGUCUUCACGUAGGGAUUCCGAUUCCUAUUAUCUUGCGCUCUGCUCGGUAUGCGUAUGAGAACACGCCGGAUUCGGAUGCGGAUUUGCGCGCGCAUUACUUGGUUAUGGUGAUAAGGGCGAGGGAGAUGUUUAAGACGAGUGGGACGAUGGAGAUGGAGAUGGAGAAGGGGCAUGCGUGGUUUUUUGAUCUUUUUGUUGCUAUGUGCAAUCAUAUUGAUGACAUGGAGAGUUUUUGGUGGGUUCUUUCGCACUAUAUGCAAGACGUUUACUGACAUUUUGCACUUUAGCAAGCAGCAAACUUUCAAUUCACCCUAAAGCAUUGCUGCAAUGAAACUGAUCGAGACGCACCCAACUCUAAACAAACGCGU